UCAUAAAAUUUUUGGGGCUGUUUUGUUUUUGUGGUAUAGUUUAUUUUUUAUUUUUUUUAAAGCAAAAGAUAUGACCUCCACCUUCCCUCUGCUUCCACACACUCCCAAACACACAGACACACUCACACACACCCCUUCCUGGGCCCCCUCCCCUCCACUGUCAUCAUCUACAUAUUAAUUGGGGGAGAGGUCUCCCUCUCUCUCUUUUUUUUUUUUUUUUUUUUCCUAUGUGGUGGGGGGGAAAGUGCAGAGAAGAGCCUCUUUAGAGUGUAGUUUGGAGGAAGACACGGAGGGCGAGCGUAUGUGAGAGAGGGAGGGAGGGAAAGGAAAAGACCCCUUUUACUGUGUGAGAACUUAAGGGGGUUUGGAGAUCUGUUCAGCUUUCACGAACAUCUGAAUCCUCUUAGAGCUCCCCGGCCCAGCUGUGAGUGUGUGUCUAUGCGAGAGGGAGAGAGAAAGAGUGGUUCCUGGUGCCCCUCCAAGCGCAUUAAGGACACUCGGGCCUUUUAAUUUUAGGAAUGAAUGCUGAUACUUGUGUUUCUUAUUGUGAUCCGGCUGCCAUGGAUUCCUACUACAACGCAGCCUCCCAGGACACAGAAGGCUCCUCGCCUUUUAGGGCAUUUCAAGCAAGUGACAAGUUCAGCCCUACUUUCCUGGCCAGCAAAGGACAAGGCUUUGGUGACAGCAGCUCUAAGUGCCGGAGCCGCUACAGCCAGCAGGAAUGUCAGUCCCUGGAUGGCAGCGUGCAGGCUCCCGGCUCUGCCGGCUCUCCGGCCUCCUUUAACAAAUACCCUCCGCAGCAGCAGCCGCCGCACCUCUACAUGCAGCGAGGCCCCUGCAAAACCCCCCCGGACAGCAACAUCAAGCUGCAAGAGAGCAGCGGCCACAACGGAGCCCUGCAGGUCUCCUGUUACGGCAAGGAAAGCGGUUUGGGAGAGCCUGACUUGCAGCCAAGCUCCGAGCCUUCAGCAAUGGACAGCAGCUACCUCAGCGUGAAGGAGGCGGGGGUGAAAGUGCCCCAGGACAGGGCCAGCACAGACCUGCCCAGCCCCAUGGACAAGGCUGACUCGGAGAGCAACAAGGGCAAAAAGCGCAGGAACCGCACCACCUUCACCAGCUACCAGCUGGAGGAGCUGGAGAAGGUCUUCCAGAAGACCCACUAUCCCGAUGUCUACGCCAGGGAGCAGCUAGCCAUGAGAACAGACCUCACUGAGGCUCGUGUACAGGUGUGGUUUCAGAACCGGCGAGCCAAGUGGCGCAAGCGGGAGCGCUUCGGGCAGAUGCAGCAGGUCCGGACCCACUUCUCCACUGCCUACGAGCUGCCUCUGCUCACCCGUGCUGAGAACUACGCCCAGAUCCAGAACCCCUCCUGGAUCGGCAACAACGGAGCAGCCUCCCCGGUGCCAGCCUGCGUGGUGCCCUGCGAGUCGGUGCCCUCGUGCAUGUCCCCCCAUGCCCACCCUCACGCGGCCGGCGCCGUCUCCGACUUCCUCGGGGUGUCGGGGCCCGGCGGCCACGUGGCACAGACUCACAUGGGCGGCCUGUUCGGCACGGCCGGCAUGAGCCCCAGCCUCAACGGCUACGAGCUGAACGGCGAGCCCGACCGCAAGAGCUCCAGCAUCGCCGCCCUGAGGAUGAAGGCCAAGGAGCACAGCGCCGCCAUCUCCUGGGCCACAUGACAGGGCUGCGGCCCGGCGCCCGCCCGGCCGGAGAGAGCACGGCGACAGCCCGGCACAUCAUCCGCUCGGACUCCAGACAGC